AGACUGUUAAAGAGAUUCUAAUCAUUUUUGUGCAUUCAGAUAUACAACUCCUCUUUUUGAGCUGGGACACAGCUGAGAUUUUACAAGCUCAUUCUUUAGCUGCGUUUGUAGCAUGGAGAGCAAGUCGUAUAUGAUCCAUACUAAUGGGAAUGGAGUUCAAAGCAACGGUGUCCGUCACGUCAAUAAGAAGGGCAGCGUUAAUAAGGCCGAAAUGAGGACUCGGAAGCCACGAUGGAACAUCCGGGCCUCGGAAAUGUCCAAGAACACCCUGAACCCCAUCCGCGCCAUCGUGGACGGCAUGAAGCUGACGCCCAAUCCAGACAAGGCGAUGAUCGCCCUGUCCAUUGGAGACCCCACUGUUUUCGGGAACUUGCCCACAGAUGAGAGAAUUCUGCAAGCAAUGAAGGAUGCCAUUGACUCACACCGGUACAAUGGCUACGCACCCUCAGUAGGUUAUCUGCAGAGCAGAGAAGCGGUGGCAAACUUCUACAGCUGUCCUGAAGCUCCACUGGAAGGCAAGGAUGUGAUCCUGACCAGUGGCUGUAGCCAGGCCAUUGAGUUGUGCAUCAGUGUGCUCUGUAACCCAGGAGACAACAUCUUGGUGCCCUGCCCCGGGUUCUCUCUCUACAAGACACUCGCUGUGUCCCUGGGAAUCCAGGUCAAACUGUACAACCUGCAGCCAGAGAAGUCCUGGGAGAUUGACCUGGAGCACCUGGAGUCUCUGAUUGACGAGAAAACGGCGUGUUUAAUCGUCAACAACCCCUCCAACCCCUGCGGCUCUGUCUACAGCAAGGAGCACCUGCAAGACAUCCUCGCAGUUGCAUCCAAACACUGCACCCCCAUCCUGGCUGACGAGAUCUAUGGAGACAUGGUGUUUCCAGGCUACAGCUGCCACUAUAUGGCACCCCUCAGCAGUGAUGUGCCAAUCCUGUCAUGUGGCGGACUGGCCAAGCGCUGGCUGGUCCCAGGCUGGAGGAUGGGCUGGAUCCUCAUCCAUGAUCGGAACCAGGCAUUUGGGUCAGAGAUCCGGGAGGGUCUAGUGAAGCUGAGCCAGCGCAUUCUAGGUCCUUGCACCAUUGUCCAGGGGGCGCUAGAGACCAUUCUGAACAGCACGCCCAAGGAGUUCCUUGAUAGCACCGUAAACUUCCUGAAGUCUAACUCGGAGCUUUGUUUCUCUGCAUUGUCCUCUAUUCCUGGUCUGACUCCAGUGAGGCCCUCUGGAGCCAUGUACCUGAUGGUGGGGAUUGAGAUGGAGCACUUUCCUGAGUUCCGUAAUGAUGUGGAAUUCACUGAGCGCCUAGUGACAGAGCAGUCUGUCUUCUGCCUCCCUGCCACGGCCUUCGAGUACCCCAACUUUUUCCGGAUUGUGGUGACUGUACCGGAGGACAUGAUGGUGGAGGCCUGCAGCCGGAUCCGAGAGUUCUGCGAGACUCACUACACACCGGACACCCAAGACACCAGUGAUCCGGACCAGUGAUGGGGAGAGAAAGCAAAGCGGGAGGGAGGGAGAGAGAUGUGGUGGAGGAGGACAAAAGAUGGGAGGGGAAGGGGAGAACUUCGUAGCUUUGCCCUAUAGUGACAAAGGUAGGAUAGACUGUGGGAGGUAGAGGUUCCUCUUCAUUAUCCAAACAUUCUCGCCUGAAUAAUUUCUAAGAAUAAGAGUAAAACUGGAGACAAGAAACAAUCAAGUAUGUAAUUUGUAAAGUAUUUUGGAUCCUAAGAUCCUAAGGAGAAUGAGGACUCCUAAUGGACUGGAGGAACUUUCAGACAGCUCAGCAGCUUCCUUCUGACUGCAACAAGUUUGCAGAUUUUACAAGGAUGAAAUUAUGUGUGUGAUGUCAAUGCAUGAAUGAAUAGUGAGGGGCUCUGUCUAGGGGGAUGGUAAUGUUCUCACGAUGCUGUUCCUCACAGCUGAUUGGGAGGAAUUUACAACUUUUCUUGCGGAAGAUUAAUGGUAAAAAAUGGUAUUCUAUAUGCAUCUGUAUCUGGAGUGCAACAUCAGCUUGCAGUUGCAUGGCAAUCACAGAUUUGGUUGUAGCAGUCUUAGGCAUGCUUUUAUUUAUCCGAGAGUUUGUUCUAAUUAUUCCUUACUCACAGUGCCUUCAUGAACACACAUCUAGGUGCAACUUGGCUUGUUACAAAACUAAAGCCCAUUCUCAAGAGUUACUUUGUGGCGGUUUAUGAAUACGGGUCCUGAUCUAUUUAUAUUUUUAUAACUUUUACAAAAAACUAAAUAAAUUCUGCCUGUAUUUAUAUGCUUUUGCUGUAUCAUGUCUAUCCUUAGUUACCGUGGUAACAUUCCUAAUUUCACUUAAGCCCCAUUUGGCCUAUAAAGCCAGGGUCUAAAGUUCUGUCCUUCCUGUGCAUAUGUGCUCCAUGAAUGGGCUUAAGGCCAAGACUUAUCCAGGCAGCGCAAAUCCCACCAACACUGAUUCCCCUUUUCUGCUUGCAUGCCCACGAAAUGAAAUUCAGAAAAAGUCUCCACUAUCAAUCAACCGUUUCAUUUUUGGCCCUGUAACCUGUAACUUUUGGCCCUGUACUAUAUCUCUGGGCUUAAGACCACAGGCAGCAUACAGCGGAAUACUUCUGCACCAACUUGCAUCUAUGGCAACUAUGGCAACAGAACCUGAAUCACCGAGAUGCAGUGACUGUGUUUCAGCAAAAGUGUGAGGGCAUAGAAGCUCUUCCGAGUCUUCCGUGUUAACAUUGCUCUCUUUAGUCUGUUUCUGGCUUUCAGGCUUCAGCCAGGAGUGUAAUGUAAGCAGUAGCUCCCCAUAGGUCCUUGGUCCUAUAAUGAAGAUUCAUACUCUGCCAAACAUGGAAGCAACUGUUUCCAUUUGCAUUAAAACUGCCCAGACAUGUCUUGGCAUGCAAGUAGAAAAGGAACGAGAGGCCCCAGAUACAGACACUUGUCUGUUCCGGAUGAUCACCCUGCCUGUAGACAUGCCCUUUGCAAAUACACUCUUUUAUGUAUUUAAAUUAUCAGUAGAGACUUUUAAAAAUGUUGGAAGGUGGACUUCACUUUCAAAAUAAUGCAAUGUAUUCCGUAUAUCCCAUUCAUUCAUUAUACCUGACCAUAUGCUCAGUCAUUUUGGCUUUUCCAAACUGAUAUUAAAACCACAAUUUAUCAUUUGUGUCAUACCAAAUGUUGUUAUUGUUUAUUUUAUUGUAAUGUUGAAAUAAACAUCCAAACAAGUUGGAAAA